AUGGCAUCAGGGAGGGGCCUCGGCCAGUGGAACUCGCACGGCCUGCCUGGCCCGGCCCCUGUGUCCACACUGACUCACCGCUGGUCCCUGGACCGCAACCCUGGAGGUUGGGGCGCUGCUGGGCUGUGGGAGGGGCGCGGGGACCGUGGCCGGCGCCCGGCUGACCGCCGCCGUCCCACGCAGACCCACGAGGGCCAGGCCAGCGGCCUGCCCACGACCUCGGGCGGCAAACACUUCCAGCUCUGGCGGCUGGGUUUCUGCACCGAGCGGCACCUGGCCAAGUGCCUCAAGAGCAACAGCUUCUACCCCUUCACGCAGCAGCAGCCGGGCGUCUUCGUGCUGCAGUACUACCUGGACACGCUGUGGAAGGGCGCGCUGCUCUUCGUCGUCUGCCUCGCGCUCGUCAGCUUGGACUUCGUCAGGCAGGUGCGCAAGCAGGAGACCUGGGGCUUCCCCGCCUUCGGCGUGGGCGUGGGGCUGUGGCUCCUGGUCUCGUCGCUGCCGCGGCGCCGCCUGGUGCUGAAUCACACGCACGGCCUCUACCACUUCUCCAUCCGGGGCCGCACCGUGUGCCAGGGUCCGAUGAACCUCAUCUACGUGCGCCUGGCUCUCAGCUCCGAUGCCUAUGGGAGGUGCUUCUUCCGGCUCGUCCUGUGCGGCCACAAACUGGAGCCGCUGGUGCUGGUGCAGCUGUCGGAGCGCUACGAGCAAAUGGAGUACCUGGGCCGUCACAUCGCUCGGAAACUCAACAUCAACUACUUCGACUACCUGGUCACGUCCUACCGGCACGUGGUCCGCCACUGGCCGCUGGGGGGCGCCUUCAGCCCGGGCUUGGGGCAGCGCAAACCCCAUAUGUAUCCCCCGCCGCGCCAGGCGACGACCGAGGCCUAGGGGCCGCCCUAGGGCCCGCGCCCCGCCCCCUCUGCCCUCAGUCCCCCGCCCCGCGUGGACCCACCGGCCCUGCUCGGAAUAAAGCUGCCUCUGGCCCUCUGC